AUGUCUAGCUGGUUUAAUAUCGAUCCAAAUAAGCUUAAAGAAUUAGCAGCCAACACAUUAAUCAAUGCACAAAAGCAUAUAGACAAAGUCCUCGAUAUUAAGGAUGGUGCUCCUACUACAGAACAGCAACCGAUAAUUACUAAUAUUGAAACAAGUAAUCCGCUUCGUGCUCCUUCUCCGUCAACAACAACAGCAACAACAAAUGAUGAUUUUUUUUCAACAUUUCUUGGUAAUCAAAAAUCUUCAACAUCACCAAAAACAGAAAAAAAAGAAAUCAAAGUAGAAAAAGAUGUUUCAGUUACAAAUUGGAAUUUAUGGUCGGAUCAGAAUAAUAAAUCACAAAUAGUUUCUUCAGAAUCACAGACAAACCUAAUAGCAGUCGAACAGAAUACGAAUGACGAAGAAAAAAUUCCAAUAACAGAAUCUAUUAAUAUACAAACAUCAUCAUUAAUAACAGAAUCUGUUAGUAUACAACAAAUACCAUCAUCAUCAUCAUUAACUGAAUCAUCAACUAUAACAGAAAGUUCUAGUAGUGAAAGUGCUACUUCACUACAACCAAUAAUAAAUAUUCCAUCAUCGGAAUCGACUAUUAUUGAUCAAAUUAUUGAAAAUACAACAGAUAAUGAACCAACAAUUAUAAAUAAAGAAAAUGAAAAUAUAGAAUCUGAUAUUGAACAUCGAUCUGAAACAAUUCAACCAUUACCAUCUGAUAAACGUGAUGUUAUUGAUUCUUGGAUAAAUAAUCGUGAGAUUAAUACAACAGAAAAUAAUUCUGAACAAACAUUACAAAACAAAGAUGAUAUUGAUGUAUCACCUCUAUUAUAUACAUCAUCAUAUCCACCAAAUAAUUUUCUAACAACAUCAAUAAUUGAUGAUGAUUUAACACCAACACCUGUUGAAACAACAAAUCAUGAUAAAGAACCACACCUAGAACCUAUUUCAACAGACGAAGAAGAUAGUAAUGCAUGUGUUGAACAAUCAAAUUCACCAACUCAUACUAUAUCAUCAUCUAAUGGACAUGAUACAAAUAGUAAAGGAUCAUCUGAUGAUGGUAAACAAACAUCAUGUGCAUCAUCAGAUAUUGAAGUAAUAUCAUGUCCAAGUGUAACUGGUGGUUUACCAGUUAGUACAACAGAAACAUUUGAUAAAUGUCGAGAAUUACGUGAUGCUCGACGAACUGCAGUACGUGAGGUUGUUGUACGUUUUCCAUCACAUUCAACAAAUUUAAAAUAUCAUCAUCAUCCAUUAUCAAUGGAUAAUAUUGAUAAAAAUACUACAUCAAAUUUUGAUACACCAACAUGGUCAACUCUAAUUGAUGAGGCAGCUACUGAACAAAAUCACUAUCAAAAUUCACAUGAAGAGAAUGAUGAUGAACAGCAAAAAUUCUAUACGUCAGACGCUUUGAAAGAAUUAGAUGAAUUAAAAGAAUGUCUUGAAUUACGUGAACAAGCUUUAAAAAAAUUAACAAAUGAAUCUAAUGAAUUACAUCGAACUAAUCAAUCAUUGAAACAAUCAUUGACAGAAUCAGAACAACGUACAUCUCGUUUAACGAUGGAAUUUCAACAAACAAUUGAAAAUCUUUCAAUGAAAAUUGAAGAACAAAGACAUAUUGCACAAGAUCGUGAUCAUCUUCGAAGACAACUUGAUACAUUACAAAAACAAUUAUUUGAAAAUUCAACAUCAUCGGGUAAUACAAUGGCUGUAUUACGUGAAAAAGAAGAACAAAUACAACAAUUACUUGAUGAAGGUGAAAAAUUAUCUAAAACUCAAUUACAACAUACAAAUAUAAUAAAAAGAUUACGAACUAAAGAAAAAGAACAUGAAACUUUAAUAGCAUCAUUGAAUGUUCGAAUUGAUAAAUUAACAAGUGAAUUAGAUGAAGCAAAGAAAAAUCUACAAGAAAAAGAAGAAAAUGAAAAACAAUUAAAAGAAACUGUUAAAAAACUUGAAAAAUCUGCAAUACAUUAUGAAAAAGAAUGUAUAUCAUUAAAAUCCUUAUAUGAAGAUGCUGAAGAACAAAUUCGUAGUACAAAAGUUGCACUUGAAAAUUCUUAUAAAGAAAUAUCUGAAUUAAAUAAAACAAAAGCAGCAACAGAAAGUAAAGUUGUUGAAGCAACAUUAUCAGCUGAAAUAUUAUUAAAAGAAGAAAUUCGUUUGGCUGUUGAAAAAGAACGUAUUAUAUCAAGACAAGAACAAGAAAAAUUACAAAUGACUAUUGAUGAAUUACGACAUUCCAUUCAACGAAGUGAAGUUCAACUUAAUAGAAGAGAACAAGUUUUAAGACAAGAAAUUAAUGAUCUUCGACAAAGACUUCAAGAAGCUGAAUCAAGAAAUGAAGAAUUAACACAAAAUAUAUCCAAUGCUACACGUCCACUUCUUCGUCAAAUUGAAAACCUUCAAACAACAUAUGUAACACAGAUAAAUUCUCUUGAAAAAACAGAACGUCAAUUAACUGAUCGUCUUGCUGAAAUGCAAGCACAAUAUGCCAUUAGUGUUGAACAUGAACGUGUAGCUAAUGAAACAUUAUUAGAAACGAAUGCUAAAUGGAAAUUAGCUGAAGCACAAUUAUCAACAUAUAAACAAGAUAAAACACGUUUAACAUCAGAAAUUGACAUUCUUAAAAUGAAAUUAACUAAUCUAGAAGAUGCUAAACACAGAGAAAAAACUCAAAUUGAAACAAUGCAGGAAGCAUUUACUCAACAAAUCAAUAGUCUCAUACAAGAAAAGAGACAACUUGAAUUAGAUGCUGAACUUGAAAAAACAAAAUAUGAAAGUGAUUUAAAACGAUUACAAAUUGUUCAUGAUGCAUUAAAAGAACAACAACAUCUAUUUGAAACACAGUCAAUAAGUCGUUCGAGUUCAAAUCUUGAAUCAACACUUCAACAACAACGUAGUCGACGUUCAUCCGGUGGACAUGAUACACCAUCUUCAUUUUCAUUUGAACGUUCUCCAUUUGUUCCAACACCAAAACCAAGUGUAUAUGAAACUUUAAGAAAUACAGGCGCAAUAGCUGUACUUGAAAGUUUAGAAGCACAAUUAAAAGAAAAAGAAGGAGAAAUAACAUUAUUACAAAGUGAAAUUUCAGAUUUAGAACGUACACGAGAAUCAAUGGCACGUGAAUUAGUUAAUUUAUCUACAAUAAAUGAAAAAUUACAAUAUCAAACACAAAAUUAUCCAAUACUAAAUGAACAAUAUAAAGAAUUAGAAAAACGUUAUAAUGCACUUUUAACAAUGUAUGGAGAAAAACAAGAAGAAGCUGAUGAACUUCGACUUGAUCUAGCGGAUGUUAAAACACUUUAUCGAGCUCAGAUUGAUGAUUUGAUGAAGCAAAACUCACAAAUACGAUAA